GACAUCUCUGACCCACUCGUCGGUUACUUCCUCACCGUCAACAAAUAUAGCCUCCCCAUUUUCGGCCUAGUCAAACUCAGCACCGGCCACGGCUCUCUUAAAAGGUCGCCUCGUCCUCUCCAAAGUUCAAUGCUGCAAUCACGGCCCAAUCACUUAUUGCCGCCGCUGCCCCUGUUAAACGGGGGGAGGAUGAUGCAACUUGUUGCCAAUUGAUUCUCUCCCGCGCGCAUGAGUUCGUGGUUUUCACUACGAGCCGCCAUCACCUUACUAUACCUCGUCCCAAAUCGAGUCAGUACUCUACCGCCAGGUGUGGAGCAGUGGCAUCACUGGGCGCUGCUACCAUUGCUUGACGCUGCUCGUCAGGAUCUAUUCAUCGCGGCUACAGCUGUGGAAAUAUAUUUUCCCUGAAGAUAGCUUGAAUUGGACCUCGUUUCCCCUCUAAAAACGGCAAUUUUCGCCGCCACUGGUUUUGGCUCUCGUCCACUUCUACCGAAAUAGACCGUUGCAUCUGCCCAUUCUUGUGUCGGAUGUGUGUUCACGCCUCCCUUCAGAAGCUCCAUAUCGCCUCAAGGGGUCGUGAAGGGAUCAUAUGGAACUAAUCAAUUGAAGGAAUUAGCUCCCAGGACGUUCGAUUGACUCCCGGCGGGUCUAGGGUUCCAUAGCUGGGGAAAACGUCAAUUUAGUUUCAGCAUAGAUCAUGCUCAACAGUAGUCUCCUCGUUAAUCCAAGUCGUCGGAGUCGAAUUCUUUGCAAGGAGGAAGAGGACAAGCGAAAAAAAUAAAAUAAAAAACGACCAGCAAUCGUGUAGGAGAGAAAAAGUAAGAAUGGCAGUAGCUUCCACUACAAGAAAACGCCAAAAGAACGACGGAAUUUGGCGACGGAAUACUUUCUAUCGUUGGUAGCGACGGAUUUUGGAUGCCUACCAUACGUAACGACGGACUUAAAUUUCCGUCGUUAGGUAUAUGCGGGAAGUUGUGCGCGCCCUUUAUAGCGACGGAAAUGGCGACGGAGUAUUUCCGUGUUAGUUUGGCGACGGAAAUAAACCGUCGCCUCCUUCAUUUUAUCUAAACGCAUCGUUUUGGCUUAGCGACAGAAUUUUCCGUCGCUAAAUUCCGUCGCCUCCUUAUUUUUUUAGGCAAAACUACGUAGCCAUGCAGGAGGCAAAUCGUGAACAAGGCUUAAAUGUGACACCUGACGAGAUUUUUAUAUCUAUAGUCGGAGGACAUGGUGCCAAGAAUCGGGUUCAUGGUGUUGGAGAUCUCGCACGGAGCCUGCCACGAAUGCAUGCAAGUGAUGCAAGACGUGCUAGUACCAGCUCUAUGUGGGAUCCUCGCGAUGAUGAGAUCAGGAGGUUGAGAGGAGAGCUAGACGAAAUUAGAGCUAGUCGAUUAGAGAAGAAAUGACCCGAGUGUAUGGAGGAGUUUUCUCACGUGGAAAUGGAGAUGGCAAUGGAGAUGGAGGAGGGUUGGGGUUUGCAGGCGCUUGUUGUGUGUUUUAUUAGAAUUGAAGAACAUUAUAUUAAACUUAAGUUUUAUGGUUAUAAUUUUAUAGUUUUUGUUCUUCAAUAAGCUUUUAAGCUUCAUUAAUGGCUUCCGAGCCUAAAUCAUGUACCAUGAACACACCCCCGAUGUUAAUAAAAAUCUCCCGUUGGCAAGGUACCGCCAAAAAAAGGCUGUGGUUUUCU